CGUUGAGUUGUUGUGUUGCAUAAUAUUUGAUUAUUACAUUCUUAAAUCUUUAGAAGACGGUUGAUACAUCAUGAUCAUUUCUAUGGUAAUGCUGUUCCUGAUGUUGUGCGGUGCUGUGAAGGGUGACCUUCGCUAUAGGGGCAAUGCGGUACAUCCGGACUUUCCGGGACAGUGCUUUUAUGAGGAACUCAAACAGCCCAUACCGAAAAAUCAAUCCUAUAGGCCGAUUAACCGUGAUGGUCAUUGUGAAUCAAUAUUUUGCCGCUCAGAUUACGUGCUCCAAAUUGGCUAUUGUGGCCGUCACAUUUUAUUACCAACGACGACUUGCAAGAUCGAAGCAGACAUGCGGCGCGCUUUUCCCGAUUGUUGUCCCAGAAUAGUGUGCCAACAGCCGAAGGGUGAAAGCAACUAUAUAGUAUCGAGAUUUGAAAAAUGGGUGGCAAUGUAGUUAUGGACUAUAUUACUUCAAUAAACGAAUCUUAUUUGUAA